AUGUCAAGGCCAAAAUCCAAGACAAGAAGGCAUUCCACCAGAUCAACAACGAUUGAUCUUCGCUGGAAAGCAAUUGGAAGAUGGCCGUACUCUCUCUGA